GGGAGUUCAGGAGAUCAGAGGCAGACCAGCAGUUGCCUCUCUUCUGGGAAACCAGAUGACCCUCUUCAAAGUGAUAAUGUAAACAGCUAGCAACUGCUUGAACCGUGGGAGUUUGAAGACAAACCGGAGGAAUUCUACUGCAGGAUAAGUGUAAAAACGAACACUAUCCCAAAAGAAAGAGUAAAAGGGGGGGCUGUGCGGUUGAAGACAUGAGCCUGGUGGAGGUGAGGCAGAUGGCGGGGUCUCUCACCCUGUCCCUGUCCAGCAACGACCCCAAGGAGCGCUACUUCGACCGCGUGGACGAGAGUGACCCCGAGUACCUCCGCAGCAAGAACAUGUCGCCGGACCUGAGGCAGGACUUCAACAUGAUGGAGCAGAAGAAGAGGGUCACCCAGAUCCUGCAGAGUCCAGUGUUUAAAGAUGAGUUGGAAGGCCUGAUUCAGGAUCAGAUGACGAAGGGCAACAACCCUACAGGUCUUCUGGCUCUCAGACAGAUUGCUGACCUGGUCAUGGCUAGCACCUUGGGAGGGGCUGGCCCUCUGACCUCACCCAUCAGCAUUGGGAUGGUGACUCCAGUCAAUGACUUGUUUGGCAUCGAGUCUCCCUCCUUUGCCAAAGGGGAGAAACAGAGUCGCUGCAGGCUGGCCAGCCUCUACAGGCUUGUUGACCUCUUCAGCUGGGCUCGUUUUACAAGCUCCUACAUCACUGUGCGUUUCAGUAAAGAGCAGGACCAUGUUCUUAUUAGUCCACGAGGUCUGUCUUUUGCUGAAGUGACGGCAGCAAAUUUGGUGAAAGUAAACAUAAUUGGGGAGGUGGUGGAACAGGGUUCUACUGAUCUGGGCAUCGACCACUUUGGGUUUGCUCCUCAUGCUGCCAUCUACUCAAUGCGCCCUGACGUCAGAUGUAUCAUCCACAUACAUACCCCCGCUACAGCUGCUGUGUCCUCGAUGAAAUGUGGAAUCUUGCCCAUUUCCCAGGAAGCUUUGCUUCUGGGGGACGUGAGCAGCUUCGGUUACCAUGGCAGCCUGGAUAAUAAAGAGGAGAAGGUGGAGUUUCAGAAAGCACUGGGCCCUACUGCCAAGGUGAUGAUCCUGAGGAACCAUGGGCUGCUCGCCUUGGGAGAAACCGUAGAAGAGGCUUUUCACUACGUGUACCACUCACAGCAAGCGUGUGAAAUCCAGGUGCAUGCUUUGGGGUGUUCGGGCGGCGUGGACAACCUCGUGCUCCUCGACAGAGAGAAGUUUAAACCCCUGACCCAGGGAGUGGUCGCUGCCGGGUUGGUGAUGGACAACGAGGUCAAGUGGAAAGUGGGCGAGGCCGAGCUGGAGUCCCUGAUGAGGAUGCUGGACAACCUGGGAUACAGAACAGGCUACUCCUAUAAGAACCCCAUUGUCCGUGAAAAACCCCGCUCUAAAAACGACGUGGAGAUCCCCGCCACGGUGUCGGCUGUGUCACCGGAGGACAGUGAGCUUGGACUGCGAAGCCCCUUCAAGUUUAUGGCCCAGAAAAAGGAAAGAGAAAGGACCCGGUGGCUCAACUCGCCAAACAGCUACUUGAGAGUCAACGUUCCUGAACAUUCACCCAGCGGGGAUGUCAGCCCCAGGACCAAGACCAUGUGGAUGAAGUCUUCAGAGCCAGGCAAUAGCGUCGGCACCCCAAUAAAGAUCGAGGACCCCAACCAGUUUGUCCCACUCAACACUGAUCCCACAGAGGUUUUGGAUAAGAGGAACAGGAUAAAAGAACAGCACAGAGGUGACCUGAUGACUUCCGGACCAAAAUCUCAGUUACUAUCAGGCAUUGUUGUGGACACCGUAAAAGGCCCAGCUUUCAUCAUUGAGGACGAGGAGCAGACUCGCUCUCUUCCCCCCAACCCUUUCAACGAGCUCACGGAGAGAGUGCUGGAGGAAUACAAGAGCUUGGUCGAAAAAAAGCAGCAAGGCCAAGAAGAAGAUGAUGAUGCCACUGACGCAGACGAGAUGACAACAUUUGAUGGCUCUACGCUCUCCCUCUCCCUCUCUCCCUUAAUGACGCCAUCUAAACAAGACACAAUACCCAAUGGGAAAGACCACUUGGAAGAGACGGACGAGGAUCUGAGCAUGGAGGUAUCCAAGCUGAGCUUGAGCACUUCAGAAACGGUCGAAAUCUCUAUUACAUCUAAUGAGAAGACGGGGGAGGCUCAGACCCCCGAGAGCCAGUCCAAGUCCCCCAAGAAGAAGAAAAAGAAGUUCCGCACACCUUCAUUCUUGAAGAAAAGCAAGAAAAAGAAGGAUGAGAAAGAAAAAACGGAGGCCUGAGGUCAUUUACUGUAAAAAAAACAAUUAAUGUUUUGCUAGGGAAAGGUCUGAAUUGGCUUCUUAAUAGCAAUCUUGUUGAAGGGAAGUGAAAUAAUAGAAUAGACUAUAAUUUGGUCAGAAAGUCUCCCAGGACUGGGUUAUUUCAAAAGCCUGUACUUAUUCACAGCUAUUAUUUCAUGUGAAAGUUUUUCAAAGACGGGCCAGCAAAUGGUAAUAUGGAAGUUUUUUUCCCCACGAGAAUUUGUGAUUCACCACUCCCGAAGGGCUCAGUAAAAUGAAAUGAAAUGAAACGCAAACCUACAAAUCUAUGGUUAUUACCCAUAUUUUAAUGGGAUUUAAAAUGGAUAUCAAAGGUUAUGAAAACAUCAGAUUACAGUUACGUUCUUGUAAUUUGUUUUUCUUUUUGCACAAGUUCAUUGUUGAAUGUAUACUGAAAGCUAAGAAAAUUGUUUUUAUAAUUCUUAAAUUGAACAGUCACACUAGUUGUGAAACAGUGACUGAACAUACUAAGAUUAUUCAGCGUUCAGCCUUAUAAAGAAGUACGAUUUGUAUAUGAACGUAUUCAUGGUUAUACUAUCUUGUAAUAAUAUAUGUUGGUUUAUAUUUUAGGUAUUACAAUAUAGUGUUUGAUAGUAAAAUAGAUGAUUUGAUAGUCUCUACAUACUUACAUACUAACUCUAAUACUAAACAUGCUGUGAUGGAUAAUGCAGUAAUAAUACACAAUGUUUUUACGUUUUUGUCGGUGGUAUUGUUCCCAUGAUUGCUGCUUUAUUGUAAUUGUGACAAGGAAUUGACUGUGACUAAAUGAAAGAGCACUGCAAAGUGAUGAUUCAUGGAUAUUGAGGUUUAUGAGUGGCAAAGUUUGACUUUUACAGAAGAAACACUGCUUGUUUAGAUGGUUGGACAUUGAAAGUGCCGAGCCUGAAUCACAGAGAGUUGAGUGAUCGAUGUUUUGCCUAAUUUUGUCAGUUGAUGGCAUCAUGCUGUGUAAAGCUUGUCUUCAUAGAGUUUGAUAUUAAGUAUAUUAGAGGACCAUACAUAUAUUUACAUCCCAGUUAAUAAUGUGAAUGAUUUGUUUUGACCCAAAGGGAGUGAAAUCUUUGCCUUUGUAAAUAGUUUGUUUUUGUGAAGUCCUUUUGUUACGCUAAACCAAAUGUUCAACAAUGAAACAUAAAAAUGUGACAGUACAAUCUAAUAACUAUAUUUUAACACUUAUUUUAUCAUUUGAAUUCCACUGAAUUAAGCUCCUUUUAUAGUGACCAUGCACAGUGCAUAGUGUUCAUAGGUUGUAUUGCUUCAUUUGUGUGCCUAGUGCUUGUAUCUCUCUGCAUUGUUUACAUUGCUAUUUGUUUGGCCUGUGUUUUCUCCAUGGUGCUUUAUAUAACAGUCGUUUUUUUGCUUAAAGUCAGUCCUUUAAAAAUUGCCUUCCACCUGAUGUAAUAAAAGCUCAGAUAUGUUUCUUUAACUGUUUUAUUGCUCUCUUGAUUAUUGAUGUGAAGUUAUCUUGUACUCAAAUACAGUUGUGUAGAGGGGUUUUUAUGUUGUUGGGAUACUUUUGCAUUUAUUUCCGUCUGGUGUGGUGUAAAACUUUAGCUAAAUAUCCAGUUCUAAGAAACUACAACAGCUCAAAUGCAAAAUAAAGCUUUCUAG